AGUUAUCACAUGACUAUACUGCGCAUAUAUAAGCUCUUCGCAUACGCCGUAUACACGCGUACCUCCCGAGAAGACGUGUUUUCCAACUCGCGAUCGUCGCGAGAGAACGCAGAUUCGUCGCGCGUUCGCACAUUCCGUGCGCGUUAAUAAUUAACUAACGUGAACAACGACCGCGACGAUGGCUGUUAAUCCGGCGAGAGCUAUACUCCGGCAGGGAAGGACCGCGCUGAUCAUAUGCGACGUUCAGGAAAAGUUCCGGAAGGCUAUAUUCCAAUUCGAGAAUAUGGUCCAGAACUCGAGCAAACUGAUCAACGCCCUGAGAAUUAUGAACGUGCCCAUGCUGGUUACCGAACAGAAUCCGAAGUCUCUGGGGAGGACCGUGCCCGAGUUCGACAUCGCCGGGGCGAAGGGGCCGUUCGCCAAGAUGAGAUUUAGCAUGUGCACACCCGAGAUCAGUAACGAGAUCGCGACGCUUUGCAACGGACACAAGCCCGAGUCCAUCGUACUCAUAGGCAUCGAGACGCACGUCUGCGUGGAGAACUCGGCUAUCGACCUGAGGCAACAGGGCUACGAGGUUCACGCAGUGGCGGACUGCUGCUCGUCGCGCACCCAGGAGGACAGAUUGCUGGCUCUGGAGAGAAUGCGAGACAUAGGAUGCCACAUAACCACCUCUGAGAAUGUUAUAUUCAAGAUGGUGCGGGAUGCGAGUCGCGAGGAAUUCAAGAGAAUACUGCCCCUCGUGAAAACGCCAACUCCGUACACGGGACUAGUUGCCACCUCCAAGAUCUAAGUGCUCUUAAGGAAACUGUUUUAUAUACUUUUUCUACGUGUACAUAUGUUUAUACCAGUGGGAUAUACGCGACAAUCAAAUAUAUACAGCCAUCAACGAUUCCAAAGAAUAAAGCAACUAUAUUCUGUUAAAA